CUCAGAUAGAAAAUUUGUCUGCAGAGCUUACUGUGAUAUCACAAAAUCAGCAAUCUCCUAUUGACUUGGAAUCAUACAUUAAAAAACUGUUGGAUGCAAGGAAGAGAAUAACAAUUGUCAACAGCAUCCUUCAAAAUGCUCAGGAUCGCCUGAACAAAAUUCAUCAACUUUCAGCUAAAGAGAUUGUAAAGAGUCAAUCAGUGGAAAAUCCCCCCCAUGAUGGAUAAAAUAGAGACACCAGACCUUUCACACUUAAACAGCACUGAUUAUGAGAAUGUCUAUGAACCGGCUGAAGAUUCCUUUCUGAUGCUUGAUGCACUUGAAUCUGAAAUUCCCUUCAUCAAAUCCCUCAAACCCACCAUCUGUCUAGAAAUAGGUUCAGGAUCAGGAAUUGUGUUAACUGGCUUAGCCAAGUGUCUUGGUUCUUGCUGUGCUUAUUUCAGUAUUGAUAUAAAUCCACAUGCUGCCCAAGUGACUCGUAAAACAGCUUGUAAAAAUUCUGUUUGCCUAGAGGUGGUAAACUGUGAUCUGGUUGGACCUUUAUUACCCCAGAUUCAAAAUAAAGUGGAUGUGCUAGUGUUUAAUCCCCCUUACGUUCCAACGGACGAAAAUGAAAUUGAUCCAUUGUCACCUAUAGCUCUGUCUUGGGCGGGUGGAUUUCGUGGAAGAACAGUCAUGGAUCGUCUUUUCCCCCUCAUUCCGCAAAUUAUGUCUCCUAGUGGCGUGUUCUAUUUGUUAAUUGUAAAAGAAAAUGACGAAGAAGAUAUUUUAAAUGUCAUGAAGUCAUUAAGCUGGCGUGGCUCAGUUAUAAUAGAACGUAAAGCCGGGCGUGAAUUUUUGAAAGUACUUAAAUUUGAACGUGUAAAAGUGUAAACAUCUGUCAACGAUUAAUAAAAACUAGCAAAAGAAUAUAAUCAG